UACAAUCUGAGGGGAGCAAACCCAUUAAAGGGAAGGUUCGUUCCCACCUUCUCAGUGCCUUUAACCUAGUCAAAAUUCCACAGUGCCUCCCAAUAGGCCGAAAGCCAUUGGAAGACAGCAUUGGUAGAAGAUAAACUUUAAAUCUGUCUUGCGGGCUUCUUCAGAAGAAGGUUCCCCUUCUUCGCAAUAUGAGUGCUUUUUGGGCAAAGUUGGCUGCAGCAAUAGCAGCAGUAUUUCUUCUAGUGAGUGGUUUUCCGGCAAGUUAUGCAUCACACCCUCAUGCUGCAGGCUGUGAUACAAGUCCAUGGUGGGUUGGUGGCACGAGGAAGAUAGUUGCUGGCAGAACAGGUAACUCUGGAUGUGAAGGGCAGAUCAGCAUUUACAACAAGAAAGUAGUGCCCUUGCGAAGCCUAAGAUCAGGCACUCCAUCUCAGCCACCAGCGCCAACAGUUAAUCGCUCAAAAUCAUACCGCACUAAGGCGCCUCCUCCACAGAUAUCAUAGCAUUCCCCUGUUUUAUGGAUUUAACUUCUGGUCUGGAGUAGUACAUGUUUUGGCUGGCUACUUCAUUACUGGGGUCUCAAUAAUUGUUGUUGGUCUAGACUUCUUUCUUUAUAUGCUUCUGCGUGUUCCAUGAAAGAUUGGAUCCAUAACACUUGG